GCUCCGGUCUCUCGUACGAAGAAGCCAGGAAGCUGGCCCUCCUUCCAACAGAGCAGCCUGCUCAAUCGAACCAAGUUGCCGUCAAGCGACAGCGGUCGGACGACUUGGUGUCACCAAACACCAGUACUAAGUGUCCACAGCCUAAAAAACUGCGGAACGGCACUGGUUUGGGGUCAUCGGGUUCGAAGCCGCUCCCGAAGGCCACAUAUAGGGACAUGGUGGGAGCUAUAAGCCUUGCGGUUACUUCUGCUACCCACCCCAGCUCCCUACUCACAACGGACCAGCUUCAGGCUGUCCGGACCUCCAUCCUCGAUCACAUUGCGGACCAGGAAAAUCCAACCACCAAGCCCAAGUUUAACGGUUGCCAUCUAAAAAAUGGCUUCCUGCAACUUGCCUGUGCCGACAACGACACAGUGCAGUGGUUGGAAAGGGAGGUACCUUCUCUCGUACCAUGGGAGGGAGCACAACUUCGUGUAUACCACAUGAAGGAUCUGCCGAAGGCCAGACGGUAUGUCGGUUACUUCGCGGACAGUGCGAACUCUCCGGACGAGAAGAUUCUUCGUUCACUCCAGAAUCAGAACGACCAUCUCUCUACCAAAAUGUGGCGAGUCUGUAACCGCAAAUUGGUAAAGACCUUGGUCGAACUAGUUCUGGAUAUUGACGAAGAAUCGGCCAAACUCGUUGAGAGUAGAAAUUAUGAACUGCACUACGGUUUCGGCAAAGCACGCAUCCGAAAGGUAAGCGGAAGGCCGAACGUCACAGGCGGGAAAGACUCCGUCGCAAUGUCAGGGAAGGUACGUGCGGGUAACUCCUCCGGGAGUACUCUGCCACCACCCAGGCAAAACGAUCCUGCGAAUGGGCUAAAGGUUCGCGUGGGAAACUCCUCCGGGAGUGCCCCACAACCACCCAAACGCAACCCUGCGAUUGGGAAGGUACGCGCAGGAUGCUCCCCCGUGAGUGCCCUGUCACCACCCAAAAAACGCAACCCCGCGGCUGCUCGGACGGUUCCGCCGAAGACUCGCAAGAGUGUGAAGCAUCAACCACCGAAAAGUCGCACCCCCCGGAGUCAAAAACCGCCACAGUGUGCGCGACGACCUUCUGUUGCCAAUCGACUGCUGCAACCGAAGCCGAACAGUGAGGAAGAGCAACUUCCAUCAACCAGCCAAACCGCUGUUGGCAGCCGUCAGCCAAUACCAGGAUCAUCUUCCGAUCCGGACAAAGACGGCAACUUCACUGCAAAGUGAGCAGCCUUCGCUGCGUGCAAGCGAAUCUCCAUCACGCAAAAGGCGCCUCGGGUGUUCUUUGCAGGAGAUUCGCCAAAGAGCAGCUAGCGGCUGCUUUCAUCCAGGAGCCGUGGAUCAACGAAUCCAAAGUUCUCGGACUUAACGCUCCUAACGAAUUUAUCCAACGCGACGUCGUUGCCGUCACGGUUGAAGUACCGACAACCAGAGGAAAGCAGGAA